UCCCGCCUCCUGCUCCCCCACCUGAGGGACUCACCUGAGCAUCUGCCGUGCCGUGCCGUGCCGUGCCUGUCCGCACAGGUGUCGCAGCGUCGGAGAGCAGCGGAUCCGGAGAUGGCGGAGUCUCAGCUGGUGUGCAUGGACGACGAACACGUCAACGAGAAGAUCCCGGAGACCAAACCGCAGUUUUACUACAGCGAGGAGCAGCGCGCGGCCCUGGAGCAGCUCCUGAAGAACGGGGACGGUGCCUUCAAGAUGCGCCUCAAAGAGGACAACGCCAAGGACUUCCUGUGCGCCAGGGAGAUCAAAUCCAUCCGGGAAACUUUUUGUGAGUACGAGACGGACAGUGACUCUGAGUCUGCAGAGCAUGAGAAGUCCAAGGCGUCCUCCAGCGCGGACUCCGGGGUCCACUCCACCUACUGGCCCGAGAUGUCGGACACCGAAGUCCCGUCUCUGGACAUCGGCUGGCCCGGCGGCAGCGGCGUCUACAAGGGGGUGACCCGGGUGUCCGUGUUCUCCCAUCCACCCAAAGAGUCCGGGCCUCAUAUCAAGGAGGUGGUGAGGAGGCUCAUACAGGAGGCACACAAGGUGGUGGCCGUGGUCAUGGACCUCCUGACAGACCUGCAGAUCCUCCAGGACCUGCUGGAUGCGUCGUCACGGCGCGGGGUGGCUGUCUACGCUUUGCUGGAGGCCAGGGGAGUGCCCCACUUCCUGGAUAUGUGCGCUCGGCUGCAGAUCAAUGCUGUACAUCUGCGGAAUCUCCGGGUGCGGAUGGUGAGAGGUUCGGGGCUGGCCCUGUCGUUUGGAAAGCUGCCCGGGUCUCUGUGCUCUAAGUACAUGCUGGUGGAUGGAGAGAAAGUCAUGUUUGGGUCGUACAGCUUUACCUGGAGUUCUUCUCGGAUGGACAGGAACACAAUCACUGUGAUGUCGGGUCAGAUCGUGGACUCCUUUGACAACGACUUCAGGGAGUUGUACGCCGUGUCUGAACAGGUGGACCUCUACAGGGAGUUUAACAUCACCAAGCCACCAAUUGCAACGCCCAUCAGGAAACCAGAGGUGGCGAAAAUCCAGCCUCUGUCCGUCUCCAUGUCUCGCUUUCAAGUAUCUGUCGGGGACUCAAGACAGGUCGACCUAAAGGUGCCUGCACAUAAAUACCACAACCCUAAGUACUCUUUAGUUUUUGGGAACAGUACGGGCCUCACAGGUUCCCUACAAGAUCUGUCGACCCCGAGCGACUCGCUCAUUGGCGGGUUGAACCUGAGGAACGGCCUGCAGAACCACAUCCUCCAUGGCCGCAGAAACAGCAGUGACCACAUGGACCGAGUCCCCCCACAGAGUCCCGGUUCUCCUGUAGACGAGGAGGAUGAGGAUGGAAGGGAAGACUUGAAGAAGAACCAGGUCUUCGGAGCGAAGAAACAACGGAGCUCCUUCCGGCACUUCUUGAAAGGCAGGGCAGCCAAUCAGAGCACAAUAGAGGAAGGCGUGGUCACUCCUCAGGGCCCCUCCCCCACCAGUAAGGUGUCAGAGACCAAUGGCAUUGCAGGAAAUGACCUAGAGGACUCGUUUGAGAUCAUUGAGAAACCCAGUCCACUGAAAUUCAAAACCAAGAAGCCCUCAAAGAUCCAGAGAAGUUUGUCUCUGCAGACCAUCAACACCGGAGACGAAGACGGAUCAAAAAGCCGCCGCCGGCAUCAAAAGAAGAACUGCAUCCAGUCCUGAGAUCAGAAACAAGAGGACAGCCUGUCAUUAAGGCUA